AUGUCCCGAGGACUGCUGCUCCUCCUGGGCCUCUGGGGCCUGGGGUCGGUCCGCCCCACCUCCCCCCCGGUCAGCUGCCUCCUCCCCAUCCUCAAGGCCGCCCCUUUCAUCUUCACCGGCAAAGUGGAUGAUCUUCCGGCUCCGGGUGUCUUGUCCGUCCGUGUCAAGAGGGCGGUCCGAGGAACUUCCGUUGGCCGCCUCGUGCUCAAGAUGCCGGAAGACGACAGUUGUUCCGAAGGGUUCUACAGACCAUCAGUUGGCGAUGUGAAGGUCUUCGCCGCCUCCAAGACAGGACAUCUUCUGAUAUCACCUCUUCCGAUGAAGCUGGCUACACUGGACCUAGUGCAGGCUGUCUUAUCAGGUAGGCACAUGUCAUUUCACUUCUCUCAAUUGAGGGUACUUUCCCUUAUCAUUUCCUUCGUCGACUAA